UAUUGGACAUUUUGAUAAUUAUUAUGAUUUACGUGUGAAUAAAAUAGAAACAAAAAGUAGUUUCAACCAUUAUCUGCUAUUUUAUUUUCAAUGCAGGAAAUGCAGUUGAACGCUUACGGAUCUAUUCUAAAGCUAUUUUAGACUAGAAUCUAGGAUUCGUGUCAGAAUUUAUAAUAGAAUUUUAUUUAUAUCUUCAUGUAACACAUGCCAUGUAACGUGAAAAAAACAUUCGAGGAAACACGCACACAUAAAAUAUAUAUCAAAAUAAUACGAUAAAGUAAAUCACAAGAAAUAUACUCAUAAAAUUUGUAAUUUUAAAAUACUAAAACUUAUAAUUUUAUAUUAGAUAAAUCAUAAUUAAUAAAUACUCGAAGAUUAUUGUGCAUGGCAUGUAUAUCAAAAUACCCUGUGAUUUUAUCGAGUAAUAGAUAUACGUAUUGCGGCGAUAUAUUCAAGGUAGUAAGAUAUUCGUAUUGCAUACGAAUGUUCUACUGGUCGAGAUGCAUAUAAUUAUUUAUUCCGUUACGAUGUAAAUAGAGCGACUGUGGAUGUGGGGCGUGUGUGUGGAGACAUGAGGCUCACAUCCACGCAUAAAAAUAGAUUUAAGUUAAGGUUUUUUUAGGUUAUUUCUUCCGGCUGGAAGAAUUUAGUGCCUUCAAGCCUUUAAGUUAAGUUAAGUAGAGAGUAAGAUUAGGUUUUAAGUUUUGUAAAAAAUGUAAAGAGAAAAAAUUGUAACCUCAAGAGGAUAAAAAAAUCUACUACUGUUACUAUUAUAUUUAUUCCGUUACGACAAGACGUGACGUUGCUGGAUUAUGGAACGCUGAAGCGUUUGAAUUUGGCGCGCUUAUACUCCACGGACGGCCAUGCUGCUCGUGGUUGCUCUCCCGACUCCGGCGAUGUUUGUGCGUGCCUGGCACGAUUGCGGUGGUCCCACUUCCCACUGUCGCGCUCGCUGGCGCUCGCCGUCUCCGUUGUCGCGUGAGAAGGCCCGCGGACACCACCGCACGGUGCGACAGCGUCCCGACAAUACGAGAGAGAGCGUGCCCCGUCCGAUCGUGCCGCGCGACAUGUCAAGUCAAAUAUGUCUAAAGUGGAACAGUUUUCUCAGCAAUAUCGCGACCAGCUUCGAGAGCCUGUGGGAGGAAGAGGGCCUGGUGGACGUGACACUCGCGAGUGACGGCCAGUGCCUCACGGCGCACAAGGUGAUACUCUCGGCCAGCAGUCCCUUCUUCAAGAAGGUCUUCCAGACAAACCCGUGUCAGCAUCCGGUUAUAAUACUUCAGGAUGUACACUUCAGCGAGUUGGAGGCACUAUUAAUAUUUAUUUACAAAGGGGAGGUAAAUAUUGAGCAAAAGAAUUUACCAGCACUCUUAAAAGCAGCAGAGACAUUACAAAUUCGGGGCUUGUCUGGCGGAGACAUCUUUGCAAAGGAAUCCUACAAACGACUGGCUGAAUUAGAACAGGCUGUGGCCGAAGAUGCGUCGCUGAGCAAGGAGGAGACACCUAAAAAGAAACAGAAAGUUAGCAAACAACAGAACAACUCAAUUUUGGAGAAAGCGCUAACACCUAGAAUAUCUCAGUCGGAAAAUACAAACGAAUCCGCUGCCAGCGAUCAAAGCGGGAAAGAUGGAGAGUACAUGUUGCCUGAAACAUUACCUAAUCCAGUAUAUCAUCGUUUGGAGAUGAAAAUAGAGCCAUUGGAAAUGACGGUAGACGAUCUCCAGAAACGAUCUCCUUUAGAUAAGGAUCCAACAGAAAGGCUAGACACAGGACAAGCGGAUGGGAACCAAGGGUCUGGGAACAGCCCUGCUGAAGACAUUUCCGGUUUAUCUGGCUUGUCCGGGCUAAGUGGAUUCUCGGACGUCAAACCGCUGCUUUACUCGUAUCAGCAUCUACCUUACGCCGAUCUCUUGCCAAGCCCGGACAUAAUCUCGACCUGGGCGUCGUCCCGGCCGAUGGAUCACUUGGCCUGCGACCUCAUGAAGAUCCUCUUUACACCGGAAGAGAGGAUUCUCUGCAACGUCAAUGGCAAGAUGGGCAAGCAGCAGUUCGAUAGCAACAAGAUACACUUAAUUCGGGAGGUCCUGUUGCACUUUAGCGGCAUAGCGCCUAACAGCGUCGAGUGGGAGGAGGCUUGGAAGAAUUGCGUAACAAAAAUUGACACUAGUAAUAGGGGCUUGAAAAGGUAUUUGUUUCAGAGACGCUCGUCGUGAUCGUCAAAGCCGAUUGUGACAGUAAUAGCCGAAGCUCGCCAUACUUCUCCAGAUCCCCAAACGCACAGGAGAGAUUCCCUCGCAGUUGAACGGAGCUCCUUGUGGAAUAUCUCGAAAAUAUUGGAGGACUCAUCAUCUGACUUACCAAAUUAUUCUCGUGCCGAACAAAUGUUAGAGCAACCGGAGUCCUCGAAUUUCCUGAGGUACAAUCCUGGAGUUUCGCAAUCUAGUUUUCCCGCGUUUGUCGAGUCUUACAGUACAGAUUUAUCGGACGAGACUAUAAAAGGUGGCCCAGCAGCAUAUCCACCGUUUCCUUGCCCUUUUUGCGACAGGGCAUAUACGAGUUGGGGCUUCCGCAGAAGGCACAUAAAAGCUGUUCAUACUAUUUCAUCGUCUCUUAAUUGCAAAUGGUGUUUACAAGUUCUCCCUACACACGCAGCUUGGAGACGGCAUGUGAUAUCAGCUCAUAAUCUAUCAGCCAGUGACGCACACAAUGGUCUUUUAAUUUUGGAAGAAGCGCAUAUGGUCCUACAAAUAGCGCGUCCUACCAGAUUGGAUACAUUGGUUAACAUAAUUAAGCAAAGUUCGCAACAAAACUGUGGUCAUGAUGGCACUCAACCAGAUAAAGAUUAGGUAAUAGUUAUUAGUUACAGUUUUAUAUAUCAAGGCUUAUCUACACACCUAAUCUUUUAAUAAAAUUUAUAUUGGUGAUGACACUCUUGAUGACACCGUUGUGUUCAAAACAAAUGCAAAUUAUUUUUUUAUAUUUAAAAAUUAUAUAUAGUUAAAUAAAUAUAUGAAAUAAA